GGUUUACGCUGAACGCGACAAAAGUCAAAUUUGUCCUUACAGGCCUCCGUAGUUACCUCAGACUUAAUAAAAAAACAUGGCGGCCGCCGUGGCAAGGAGAGUGUCCGGGCUGCUGAGGCCGCUGUCUGUCUCUCUGUGUGCUAAGACACCACAGCUCUGUCAGCUCUCCAGCCUCAUUCAACCACAACCUCUCUACAACUCCGCUGCAAUAGCCGCUGUCAGCGCUCCUCUGCGGGCUGCAGUGUGUCUGACACCCCGGUACAACAUCCUGCAACGGGUAUCAUCACUUAUUCCCAGUCUGACUCAGCAACCAAGCAGAAGUCUCACAUACUACAGUGUGAAGAAGGGGAAAAAGAAGUCUGUAAAAUCUGUGACAGAGCGGUUUAUGAGGCUGCAUUGUGGCCUUUGGAUCAGACGCAAGGCUGGGUACAAGAAGAAACUGUGGAAGAAGAAACCUACUAGACAAAAGCGCCUGAGGGAACAUGUUUUCUGUAACAAAUCCCAGAGCAAGCUCUUAGAUAAAAUGACAACCUCUUUUUGGAAGAGGAGGAACUGGUAUGUUGAUGAUCCUUACCAGAAGUACCAUGACAGGGUCAACCUGAAAAUGUGAUUUUUGUAUUCAUGUUGUGGGAUCAUGCUUUCUGUUUGAUGAUGUAAUAAAGAUAUGUAUGUGAUAAAGUCUUGA